AUGAUCGUUCAAUACAAAGGUGAAUAUCAUGCGAAACAUCCCACAAUUCUUGCAUUUUGGGAAGCGUUCUUUGGACUUACUGUCGAAGAGCGCAAGAUCGUUCAAUACAAAGGCGAAUAUCAUGCGAAGCAUCCCACAAUCCUUGCGUUUUGGGAAGCGUUCUUUGGACUCACUGUGGAAGAGCGCAAGCAAUUUUUGCAAUUCCUGAUGGGAUCAACUCGUUUGCCCGUUGGCGGCAUGUCCUCCCUACAGAUGUUCAUCCAGCCAUCAGCACCAGAAGUUCUGCCGGUGGCGCAUACAUGCUUUAAUCUACUGGAUCUGCCCAACCUCGCUGAUAGCAAAGAGCUGCUUCGUCGAUUACGACUUUCGAUUCAACACACCCAAGGCUUCACUCUCGUCUGA